UGUCACUCCGACAGUGGAAAAGAUGCUCGAGUGAAGUAUCUUUAAUUUUUCGAAAAUAUUUUGAAAUCGAUUAGAUUGCAGCAUACACAUUUGAGAAAUAACAAUUAGAUGAUGGCAACAAACAUGUCAAGAUUACAGGAAGAAAUGAAUAAUAUUCCACUGGCUGAUGAAGAUGCAACAGAAAGUGAAGCUGAAACUCCUUCACCAACUAUUCCUAGUCAACCCAUCAUAUCAAGAAAUACAGAACUAAAUCCUCCAACAUAUACAUUUAUGAAUGGAACAAGUAGUCCAGUAACUACUUCUUUAGAUCCAGAUAUCAGCCCAGAUGAAGCAGAAGAAAAAGCACGCUUAAUUGCUCAAGUGCUAGAGUUGCAAAAUACUCUUGACGACUUAUCUCAAAGAGUGGAUAGCGUCAAAGAAGAAAACUUAAAACUGAAAUCGGAAAACCAAGUUUUGGGUCAGUACAUCGAAAAUCUGAUGUCCGCAUCGAGCGUGUUCCAGUCGACUUCUCCAAAAGCAAAAAAGAAUAUUUGUAAUUUUAUCAACAGAGGAUCUACAAGAGGCAAGAAGUAGUGGUUGAAAGACUUCUUUCGGUCGCUAUAAUGCUUUGCACGUGAUAAAUGUAAACUUGCAUCCAUUUGAAUAACUCGUAUUAUCAAGAAUGAGAGAACAAACAAAGACGAUCUGCUUAAAAUCGAAAGUCAUUUUGUUUAAAAGUGAAUAUUUUGUGUACUUUUUAUUUAUUCGAUAUUUUUUCCUUCUUCAUUUCCAUUUUUCUUUUCUAAACUGUUCUGUUCUGUUAAAAUUUAUAUUCCACGUUUCACUUAAAUUUUUUUAUACAAAAAAUACAAAUAUUUUGAAUUACGCGAUUACAAUUUUAAUUAUACCAUUCCAGCUUAUGUAAUUUAACUUCCUCAUAUUCGUAAGCGACUAUUUUAUUAAAUUACAAUACCAAAUAAUCUUUAUAAUUUACCUGCUACGUUAUUGAUGUAUAUGUUUCGUAAAUAUUAUUAUUAUUAUUUGUAAAUUAAGCUAACUUUUUAUAUGUUUACACAUGUAUACAUGAAGUAGAACACUUUCAGACCUAAGAAUUUUGACGUUCUCGUUAAUACUUUACAAAUUUUUUAGGAGGUUAUACUUUACACGAGCACUCACUGUCUUUAUCGAAAAAAUGAUAAAUGUUUUAAUUAAAUUGGUAAAUCUGCUAAAUGUUAAGACAUUUAAGAGUUUGUUAAAUGAUAUAUCAAUAUAUAUGAAUAUAUUAAUAAUCAUAGUGGAAUAAUAGAGUAAAGUAACAUUGGCAUAGUAAACAUUUAUCGGUAAAUAUCAUCUCUUUGCUGAAAAAAAUAUAAGAUCAAAGGCAAAUUCAGGAUUUUUUUUUAUUGGUCUCUCUAUUCUUCUGGAUUAAGCAAUAAUUUUUUUUUGUUUUGUGUCAAUACAGAAUGGAUUUUUUGUAACUUUUUAAAUCUAUUUUCGACUCCUUUGUAACAAGACAAGAAACUAACGUGGCUCGGUUCUAGGCGUUGUCGCAAGUUAAUAAUAAAGAAUUGAUGGCUCCCGGAACCGAGCUGCUUCGAUUUUUAUUUCAAUAAUAUUUUUUUAUUUUUAUUUGCGAUAUUUUGUGUAUAAACUACAGGAUAAUUGAACUAAAAUAGAAUGCAGGAGAAGUGGCACAAGGAGUUUGCUGUUUUGUGAGUCACGCUCUUUGCAUGGCCAGCUCGUGGCUGAAUUCUCGGCCCUACUUCUCUAAAUUCUACUUUCGUUUGAUCGUCCGGUAUACUUAUUUGUAAAAUAACAUUGGAAAUUAUGUUGAAAAUGCAGUGGAUUUUUUAAAAUAUUUAUUUAUUAAUUUUUAUUAUAAAAUUUACAAAUUUGAAAUUAUACUUAUACCCUUAUCAUGCACAAAAAAUUUUCCAUUCUUUUCCAAGUAUUGUAAUUAAAGUAAUUACUAUCAUAUAUAGUAAUAAGAUUUUUUAGAAAUUAUAGUAUACUUUUAUGAGAUUUAACAUAAUAUCAUCUAAAUUCUUUUAAAAAUCCUAGUCAUUAAGUAUUAUUAUUUUAUUGUUUGCUGUCUUCUAUCUUCUGUCAAUCGUUCUAGUCAUUUAUGUGUUGCAUUGUAGUGUGUGUCUGAAUGCUUAGUGCCACAUUUUUAUUGUGUGUAAAAAAUAAAAUAUUCUGUGCUUAA